AUGCCCUUGCAGAUUGUUGCAGUGUUGCUGGGCCUGACCGGGGACGUGUUUAUGCUGCCCUCGCGAGGAGCCACAGAAAGAGAAUGUUCGAGAGGCUCGUGGUCAGCUGGGCGUUUGAGACAGGGCAGAGUAGUAUGCGAAGUCGACUACCUAGACAGCAAGCGUGACGAUACAGAAGAGAUUCUAAUGGGCGGUGACCAAAGUCUACCCUGUCUCGACCCUAGAGGGAGUGGCGCUGGCAUUGUCGAUGAGAUGAAGAUGGUCCCAGGGACUGGCCUCUCCUUGGUGGUAGGUCUCGUGAGCCUGUCAUCUCGAUGUACCUCGUCUCGCUCUUCUUAUCCCUGUGUUGUGAGUGUAACUCAAAAGGAAGAAGAAGAAAAGGAAAAGGAAAAGUAG